AUGUUCAAGCUCCUGAAAGUUGCAGGGGGGCAAAUUCUGUCAACAGUGAAGAUGCAUUUGAUGAAAGGCCGAAGCAAUGGGGAUCCUUUCUAUCAGGCAGUAGAGGAAGUUGUACAAGAUUUGGAUUUGAGGAUUAAAAAUAUUAUCGAUUCACAACAUGAAGUCUUGACUGUUAGCACCACUGGAGUCAGUCCAACACGGCCAAAAUUGCAUUCAAUAAACCAUGGCACUGCAUAUUCUGGCAGAGAUACCAUAAAGGUCUUACUAGUUCUUCUUGAUGAAGAAGCAGUCAGUGCUCCUACCCAGAACAAAGCGGAAUUAUUAUAUGAUGAUGUAAACUUAAUUAUGUUUGGAAGCAGCUCUGUUUUGACACUCUUCAGAUCUCCAGCACAGUCCAAAGAAUCUUCUCCAAAACCUCUUAGACGGCGUAUUCAGAAAUCUCUGGGUGAAAAAAGAAGUAAGAUGGAGCAAUCUUCAAUCAAAUCUCAGUUUGCAUGUACAUACAAAAAUGAGCUGAGUAAAAUAAGGGAUCAGUACUUCCUCAGCAGUAGCCAAAUGCCAGCCUGCAUACAUCCUGCACCAAAGCAACAUUUACAAGGUAAAUAUUUCACAGAAGGUAUGAAUUCAUGUCUUGACAUACCAGUGCUUGGAACUAUUUCUGAAAAUGUUCAUCAGAAUAGAAAUUAUGGAGAAAUGGGGAAAUUGAGUUGUCAGCCAAGAAACAAGAACUCCAAGAAUGAACAGAUGGAUUUGAAUAAUGACAAAGUUAUCUAUGAUGAGGAAAGUGAAACAUCUUUGCCAAAAAAUGCUAAGAAACGUAAGACUUCAAACAACCUUCAGAAGGAAUUGGACAGCAAAAUUGAUGGAAAAAGAAAGAACAACAGAACUGCAAGCAAGAAUAAAUUGAUUGUUGGUCAGGCAAAAUUAACUCAAUUUUUUAAACUGUAACUUUUUAUUUUUACCUGCAUUGUCUGUUGAGUACUUCAGAAGUAAGAUUUUGUGAGAAAAAGGUGAAAUUCAUGAUUUGCUUUUCUUCAUACUCAAAUCAAUGAAAAUAGCUUGUGUGUAUAAUUAGACAAAUACUUACAAGUCUGAUUAUGCAGGUAUCUUUUAUUUUUGAUAAGAAUACAUCAGUAUUUACAACUAUGCUCUGUUUUGGUAAUGAAUUAUGCUUCUCUCAACAUUGCAAUGUGAAAAUAAUGUUAGAUGCAUAUGUAUAGCAAUACUAAGACACAAAUAUCUUCCAAUCAUAUUACUCAUAAUAAAAUGUUUAAUCUUUUUCAAAGAA